AUGUCUGACCCAAUACUCUUCGAAGACACCUUCACAAUCACCGCCGUCAAUGCUCAAAAAUAUGACCGCGUUUCUCGGAUCAGCUGUACCUCGACAGACCAAUUGGUCACUUUCACCCUAGACGUCAAUACGGAACUCUACCCUUGCACUCCUGGGGAUUCUUUAUCACUUGCCCUGGCGUCCACAUUAUCCUUGGACGGCAAAGAGGAAAACACAGGGCGGCGUGCAGCAUGGAGGGACGUGGGAAUGGGCGAAACUACGUUAGCAAAUGACUAUGAUUAUGUGUGCUAUGGAAAGGUAUAUCGGUUUGAAGAUAGUAGCACUGCUGGAAAUAUGUGA